AUACAAAGAAUGGAUAACCCACAGGUGCAAACACCAGCCAAAGCACCGCAAAAUCACCUCCGUGUUGGGCUGCUCGUCCCUGUUUGGGGUCAGGGAGAUGCUGGAGGGGAGCUGGGGACAGCUGGGGGAGCUGCUUGCAUAGAGCUGGGAGCUGGUUGGGCUUGGCUGCCUUCCCCCUCCAUCCCUUCCCUCCCCUUGGAGAUCAUUUUCAUGGGGCUUUAGAGGGUCCAAUCCAACUGCUUCCCUCCUUCGGAGCAUGGUGGGGGCUGCAGAGUUGUCAUUCCAAACUCUGCAGGCUACCCAAGCAGCUUGAUUUGCUCCAGGGUCACUUGAGGAGGAGGAGGGAGGCGUUGCCAAGGGGGAAGGAGAAGCAGCUGGGUGCUGCUGGGGGGCUCAGUGCCACGCAGAGCGGGUGGGAAAGGGUGCGUAUGCCCAUCACCGGGGUGUCUGGGCGGCUGCACGGGGAGAUGCCGGGAGACCGCACGCUCCGGCUGCAGCACGGGAACCGCAUCGAGGCCCUGUGUGUGCUGGGCACCUGCAUCUCAGCUGAUGUCUAUGGGGCGGCCCCAGCCGGGGCAGUCUCCUUCAGUGUGAAGCACACGGAGGGGGUGAGCGUGGAGGUGAAAUGCCAGAGCCCAGCGGAGGUCGGGUCAGCCCCUGGCAGUGGGAUGCGGUGGCCGCUGGACAAGGGGACGGUGCUGAGGUUCAGCAUGAGCCAGGCCAGCACUGAGGUCAAUGAUAACAAGGUAACAGUCAGCUUUUACGCAGAGGGAGGGCAGCCCAUCAACCAAGCUGGGGUCUUCCUUACUGGCAUUGGGAUCUCUCUGGACGUCGAUGCCGAUCGGGAUGGCGUGGUGGAGAAGAACAGCCCCAACAAGGUAACUCAGCCUCUUGCACUGCAUGGGAAGUCCAUGGGCUUGCAGAGCCUGAGCUUACUAAGGCCCAGCGGGGUGUUUCAGGCAAGCUGGACCUGGGGUCCUGAGGGCCAUGGGGCCAUCCUACUCGUCAGCUGUGACAAGGAGAACCCCUUCACUGUGGCGUCAGACUGUGAUGAUGAAAGGGUGUUCAGCAGAGAAGAUUUGCUGGACAUGUCUCAGAUGGUGCUGAGGACUGAAGGGCCCCAGCGCCUGCCCCGAGGGUAUGAAAUCAUUCUCUAUAUUCCUGUCUCCGAAGCUGAUAAAGUUGGGGUCUUUCAUGUGCAGAACCCCUUCUUCGGGCAGCGGUACGUGCAGGUGCUGGGCCGCAGGAAGCUCUACCACACGGUGCAGUACACUGGUGGGGCUGCUGAGCUCGACUUCUUUGUCGAGGGGCUCCGCUUUCCUGAUGACACCUUUCCUGGGCUGGUCUCCAUCCAUGUCAGCCUCCUGGAGACGCUGGCUGAGGGUAUCCCUCAUGCACCAAUCUUCACUGACACAGUCAUGUUCAGGGUAGCACCGUGGAUCAUGACCCCCAACACUCUGGCACCGGUGAAUGUCUUUGUCUGCAGCAUGAAGGACAACUACCUCUUCAUCAAGGAGAUAAAAAACCUGGUGAACAAGGCUGGCUGCGAGCUGAAGGUUUGCUUUGGAUACAUCAAUCGUGGGGACCGCUGGAUGCAGGAUGAGAUUGAGUUUGGCUACACCCAUGCUCCCCACAAAAGCUUCCCAGUGGUGCUGGACUCCCCUCAAGAUGGAGGGCUGGAGCGAUUCCCCAUCAAGGAUCUACUGGGCCCUGACUUUGGCUACGUGAGCAGAGAGCCCCUCUUUGAAGCCAUCACCAGCCUCGACUCCUUUGGCAACCUGGAGGUCAGCCCACCCGUGACCGUGGCAGGGAAGGAGUAUCCCCUGGGAAGGAUCCUCAUUGGCAGCAGCUUCCCCACCUCUGCAGGGAGGAGAAUGACCAGGGUAGUGCGGGAUUUCCUCUGUGCCCAGCAAGUGCAGGCUCCCGUGGAGCUCUACUCAGACUGGUUGGCUGUGGGUCACGUCGAUGAGUUCGUCACUUUUGUGCCCACCUCUGACAAAAAGCGGUUCCGGAUGCUGAUGGCCAGCCCUGCAGCGUGCUACAAGCUCUUUCGGGAGAAGCAGAAGGAAGGCCAGGGUGAAGCCACCAUGUUCAAAGGGUACUCGGGGACAGACACAAAACGAGUCACCAUUAACAAGGUCCUUUCCAACAACGUUCUGAUGCAGCAGAACCAGUACGUCCAGCGCUGCAUCGACUGGAACAGGGAUGUCCUCAAGAAGGAGCUGGGGCUGCUGGAGGAGGACAUCAUCGACCUGCCGGCCCUCUUCAAGCUUGACAAGCAGGGCAAAGCCGUGCCGUACUUCCCCAACAUGGUCACCAUGAUCGUCCUGGCCAAGGACCUGGGCAUCCCCAAACCCUUCGGCCCCAUAAUGGGGGGUGAGUGCUGCCUGGAGCAACAAACCCGUUGCCUCCUGGAGCCGCUGGGGCUGCGCUGCCGCUUCCUCGAGGACGUGUGCUCCUACCACGGCAGGCUCGGGGAGGUGCGCUGCGGCACCAACGUCCAGCGCCGGCCCUUCGCCUUCAAAUGGUGGCACGUAACGCCAUAA